AUGAUUCUGCCCCAUGCCAAGUGGGCCUGGGAUCCCCGGCGGAGGCUCGGCGGCUUCAGCGGCGCGGCCGGGCCCGGGGAUACCGGGGCCGCCGCCACUGCCCGGCCUUCACCACACCCCCUCGUCGUCGUCCUCGCGUCCCGUCCCGCGGGCUCGGGCCCGCUCCGCGGCGGCCUCUCCCACGCCCCGCCUGCUCGCUCCCGCCGCCGCCGCCUCCCCCGGGCCUGGACUCCGGCUCCCCGCCCCCGCCCCCAAUCGCGGGCCCCGAGGGAGGGCUCGUGCACCGCCCGCCGAGCCUCGCCCGGAUCAGGCCUCCCCUUCCUACCUCCAGAAGGCCGCUCGCUCCGGCCGGGGCUGCGCGGGGCGCGAGCGGGGUCAGCGACGCCAGGCCCGAGCCCGGCGGCCGCUUCCCAUGAAGCCCCGGCCGCGUCUGCCGUAGGGGCCGCGUCUGCCGCGGGGGCCGCUUGCGAAGGCCCCGCUCAGCCGCGGGAACGACGGGCCGUCGCCGCCGGCCUCGGCCUCCCCGGGAGUCGACGACGGACCCAGCGGCGGCUGCGGCGGCCGCAGACCCACAUGAGACGCGCACUCCCAUUGGCCCGCCGUGUCCGCCGACGCGAUUGGCCCGCCGGACGGAGCACAAGAGACUGCAUGCCGGAAAUGAUCGGGAGAGCGGCCCAGGGCUCCAGUGUGAAGUGGAGGAGCUCUCGAGCGGAACUCCCUGGGAUUCUCGUCUCCUUGGCCCUACGCGGCCUGACCUGGCCUGGGAUCUCGCCCGACCUCCAUGGCUCCUGCUCCGAGGGCCGGGCGCCCAAUCCCGCAGGGUCACGGCGGGCCUUGUCCUUGCAUUUAUCCCCGGGUGGCCUCCGGGGAGCCCAGCCCAGGCCCGGCCCUUCCUGGCGGGAGGAGCGUCCUUGGAUCCCGCCGCGUAAACACGGGGCUCGGGGAGCCGCCCCUGACGCGGCCCGCCCGCCGCCCCACCCCCGGCAGUGCCGAAGCGCGGGGCCAGGCCUGCCCGGGACCAGGAAACUGUGGGGCUCCCCUCUGAAGGGUUUCCUUCGCAAUCCCGUGCAUUUUCAUUGUAAAAACUAUUUUUAAACUACCCGGCGCGGGGUCUGGCGCUCCCAGCCAAAAGUAAAAGACCCUCGGCUUUUUAGCUCCCCGAGAGCCUUCAGAAAUGGGAGAUGUGCCCUCUUCCCUCCUCUCUCCUAAAAUCGCCCUUCGCAGCCUAGAGCGGGGUCUCGACAAGUGCUUGCUGGCCACAAGGCCCCUUACAGGGGAAGAGCCGCUUCCGAACUUCCUCUCGGGCCCCAGCUCCGGCCGGAGUCCCCGGUGCGCAUCGGUGUCGGUUGGUUACAGAAAUGUUAGUGCUUUGGAAACGCUUCCCCACAAAACGAAAAGGGAAGGAGUAGUACAAAUAAUGAUGAAAAACCAGAAUUGCUGCUACUGGGCAGCGACUUGCCGAGAAAUCGUUCCAACGUUUAAGGGGCCGCUUGGGAGGGAGGCCGAGUCAAAACAGGAAGAAAAGGAACAGACGAAUGAGCGGGGAGGGCGAAGGGGCGGCCGAAUGUAAAGGAGCACACUGCUUGGGCUCGGCUAUUUGAAUCUUAGAGAAUAGUAACUAUCCGGAGCCAAGGAAAGCUUCCCGUAGGAGAUGGCCCCGGCUUGAUUGAAGGAGGAAUAAGUGCAGAACCUUGGGCACAAACGCUGAAAAACCGAGUACCCGAAGGAGAGCAGUGGGCAGUAAAUUUGGUCAGGAGGCUGGGACAAAAUGAUGACCAGCCUUAGAUACUAAAUAGAGUUGGAACCAGAACCCCAAGCAUAGGAGCCUCCUGCUCUUUCCAUUAUACUAGCUUUGAAUAUUAGAUGAGGAGGCGGCAACUGGAGAAACUGGCCUGAUAAAAAGACAAUGGGAAGCCUUUCCCUUGCCCCCCAAAUACCAUUUACUGUAGAACCCAAGCACAGAGCUGUACCCCACUACUUCCAAAUGCUGAGUAUUCUACCCACCUCCUUCCACUCCCCUCCUCCCAGUCUUGUACACAGGAAGGACUUAGAAGGUCAUGUGUCCUAGGAGGGAUUGCACUGGCUGCCAGUCUGUUUAGAGGUAAUAUGAUUAUAGGAUUUUAAUAUUGAAAGGCUUUACGUCAUGUAACCUACUCCCAACCCCCAUUUUACAGAUGACAAAACUUUGAGCAAAGUAAUUACUAUUUACUAGUUACCUCCCUUCUUUGUGUAAAUAUCAAUGAAUAGACUAACCCCUCUUGGCUUCAGAUUUUCCACAUUAAUAACACAAGUUGUGACAUGCUCGGUGUGUAUAAAUUUUUCAUUUAACUUAUUGACAAUAUACACAGUGAAAAAUCACAGGUUCUUCAUAACCUUUCACUAUGUGGAAAACAUCCUGUUCUAAGUAUAAAUAAAGUAUGAAUUGGAGACUGCUAUGUGAUGCAUAAGACAAUUCCCUAGACAUGGAUUCUGAGAGCUCUUACUUGAAAUCUGACCUCAUACCCUUUGUUAGCUGAACAAGUUAGGUCUCUGUCACUGGCCUACGUUUUCUCAACUGCUUCCCACAAUUGGGAGAAUCAAAUGAAAUUAUAUUCAUAAAGUGAUUUACAAAAAUGUUAUCUAGUUGCUAGAUAUUCUUAUCCAAGCAAAUUUCAAAUUCUAUAAA